AUGGCGUCCACCUGGGAGAAACCACGUCGUUUUGUGUCAGCCCAAAACAACGGUAUAAGCGCGGUGUUUGAGCAGCAGAUGCCAGCGACAGAGCCGGCGCAGCCGCGGUCGCGUUCGGAAUCAGAGGAUUGCUGCGAUUCGCAGACACGGGCUCGGCCCGAUGACGAGGGAGCAGGUUUUAGCCGCCGAGCCCCGGGCGCUAAAUCGAGCGCGUCCGGCUCGUGCCCCAGUGGGUGGAUGCUCAAGUCGUCGCUUCGGUCGUUCUUCGAUGUCAGAGUGGUCGACGCGCGCAAGGAGGCGCGCUGCAUCUACUGCGGCAAGCGGUAUCCGGAGCGCGAAUCCACAGGGAACAUGGCCAAACAUGUGAGGGCGCUGCAUCCGGCGGCGUGGAGUGCGAAAAAUGCCGGGGUAUCAAAACGACAGGAAGCGGGCGCCCCUAGAACAGCACCACCCAAACACCCCGCGCAGUCACUGCAGGUGUCCGGCUGGAUCCGGGGUCAGCGCGAGCACAACGCCGGGGUUUUCCACACCGCAACGCUGGCGGCAGAGCAGUUUUUGCCGCUGAGCUUUGUGCAGUCCGUCUCAUGGACCAGAUUGAGCGACAGCAGCGCCCUGCGUCCGAGCGUCAAGUCGACGGCCACGCUGGUGCAGAAAUUGGGCCUUUUCUCCCAGCACAUGAACGAAACUCUCGCGUCAAACCUGGAGAACUCCCAGUUUGCCAAUAUUCUCGUGAAAACCUGGACCGCCCCCCAUGGAGAGGCACUUUUCGCGGUCAUGGUGUCCUUCGCGCCGAAUAUCUGGAGCGACCCGGCCCUGGAAGCGGCAAACGAUCCCCGCAUCCUUUUCAACAACUCCGGCGCCGCUCAAAAUACGCACCUUCUUGAUUUUUCGAGUUUCGGCGCCAAAAUGCCCAAUGGGGAAUAUCUAUGCGAGGUGCUGAUCUCGCUUUUGCAUCGCUACAACCUGGCAGGCAAAGUUUCGACGAUAACCAUGGAUAGCGCCGUCAGAAACGGCUCACUGUUCACCUCUCUGGUUUUUGAUCAUUUCGGCGCUUCGAAUCCGUUCGCGCACCGAUUGUUCGGCAGAGUACGAUACAUCAGGUGCGCGGCUCAUGUUCUCGAUCUGCAAUUCGAAAGAAUCGCCGCGGUUCUGCUCAAGUACGCCGUCUUUUCCAAACCAUACCGAAAAAUCCAGCGGUUUGCAGAAUCCACGAGAUCAUCUCCACGCCUCAGCGCGUGCUUGAGGGAACAAAAUAUACCCCCGAUGCCGGCAGAAUCCUUGUGCCAGUGGACCUCCGCUUGGUCUCAACUAAGCGCUUUCCUUGCCAAUUUUAGGGCCUAUCGCACGCUGUGCGAACAAUUGCUGGAGAACGGCCACCAAGAUCUUGCUCGCGAAAUCCAAGAAAACAUCGAGGUUGAUAAAAGGGCCCUAGAGCUCUUCAAGUAUUUCGUGGGGGUCUUUGAACUGUUCAACGACAUGAGCAUGAAGCUGCGACAGGACGAUUUUAAUCACCUAGCCAACGGUGUUCCGAUAUUCUAUUUGCUGGACCAUUUCUACAAAAUAUGCGCAAAGGCCUCCAAUGGUUCCCGGAUUUCGAAAAGUCGAGCAGGCUUUGAUUUUUCGUGUAUAAAUGGAUCUUCAGAUCUGCAGGCAGAGGAUAGGGAAGUCGUUUUUGAUGCUAUCAAGCUCGCAGAUGCGACCCACCAGGAGUACAUGUGCUACUUUCGAGCUAACUCUUUGUACUAUGUGGCGUUCCUGCUUGACCCCGCAGCGAAAGAGGAUGCCAUGUACAAGAUGAUGAGCGCAGAAGAAGCUGCUGGAAAAAUGCUUGACGCUCGUCUUUUCAUUGAAGCGUUCCUGAAAGAGAGCGGAGAAGCAGACAAGCACCAUGGCCCGACAGCGAUAGAAAAGCCUUUCAGCCUACGAUUGGCGCCCAGUUUGCAUUUUGAUCUCAACGAUUUAUCCACGGACGAAAACCCACACGGAGAUACCAAUCAUUCCGGAAAUGUAGAGGCAGGCGAAAACAGCCAUGUCCGAGAGUGGAUCACUUAUCUAAGAGCAUCAAAACCACCUUUAAGAACCAAGGACGAAGCUAUCAAGUGGUGGUACGCCCAUCGUCAAAAUUAUCCACAGCUUUUUAAGCUUGCUAUAUCACUGUUCUACACAAAAUUGAGCACACACGACUUAGAAAUGUGCUUCUCCUUACCCGGGAGAGUAAUGCGAAGGAAUGGUACCGGGCACAAGACUUUCAAAACUCUGGUGUUGCUAAGAGACAGGUUUUCUAAGUUUGGGUUCUUUGACCAGGCCCCCGAAAGCCCAGACGGAGUUACUGACCAUUUCGACGAUUUGAUGGAGUCAGAGGCACUCGUCUCUGACGGGACCGAUCAUCUGGAACUCGAUUAUGAUGAAGAAAUUUAUCACGACAACAUAACGGACGAGGAUGCCAUUGAAGAUGAGGAAAACAGUGCAAGAAUUGACUAG